GUUCAAGUGACGAAUGUAAAAGAGACGCUCAGCCAAGCUCUCCUUGGGUUCUGCCACUUGCUUGUCAUCUGCGCAGACCAACCAACUGCCCUAUCCGUUCACCGACUAGACACGACGCUUGGUGCCCUUCAAAGCACCCUCUCAAGUUAUAACUUAUAUUGGUUUGUCUACGCUGCUUGCGUAGCUCACUGUUGAUACCCCACAUACUUCAUCACAUCGCUCAAUGCUCGGAGAGGACGACGAUGUGUUCGACAGCGUUACUUGGGAGUCACCUUCUGCACCAACAUAUGAUGCCGGUCCCUCUGCACCUACAGGACCAGGCUUCAGACAAAGCACUGCAGAGAGCGAGCCUGGGCAUGGACCGCAUGACCCCAAGUGGGAGGGUUAUCUCAUAACAAGUGUGAAAGACCCCGUUAAGGAAUUGGCAGAUACGAAGGACGCAUAUGUCUCGUAUUUGGUUUCUGCCAAGACCAACCUUCCGAUCUUCUCUACCCCCAAUCCGUCAGCGCGUAGACGGUUCCAGGACUUUGUAUUCCUGCGUAACCACCUUUCGAAGGACUUUCCAGCAUGUGUAGUGCCACCUCUACCGGACAAACACAGAUUGGAAUAUGUUACAGGUGACAGGUUCAGCCCCGAGUUCAUGGAGCGACGCCGUGCUGAUCUCCAUCGGUUCCUACAACGACUAUCCCGCCAUCCAACCCUACAACGGAGUACUCUACUCCGCGCCUUUUUUGAGUCCACAGAAUGGCAUGUCACGAUGCACCAACAUGUCGCCCACCCUCCAGGACCCGAACACACCACCGGCGUCAUUGACAGCAUCUCCGACACCCUCCUAAAUGCAUUCUCACGCGUCCGUAAGCCCGAUGAACGGUUUCUCGCGAUGCGUGAGGGCGUAGACAAGUUCGAAGAAGGCAUCGUGUUGACUGAACGACUCUGGAGUCGAAUUCGUAAUCGUACAAACGAUCUUACUGGCGACUAUCAUGAUAUGGCCGUUGCUGUUCAAGGCCUUGGCUUUUUGGAGUCGGGGAUCACUGAUCCUCUGAAUCAUUUCUCGAACACGCUACUGGAAUUUUCAGCCCUCCUGCGACAUACGACACAAACGACUACAGACCCCUUCCUCAUACACUUACAUUCCCUUCUGCAAUAUUCUCACGCGAACCGCGCGGUCCUGAAACUCCGUGACCAGAAGCAGAUGGACUUUGAGGAGCUCUCAGACUACCUAUCAGGAGUCACAUCAGAACGCGAUCGGUUAGCUGCUGUCAUCAGCGGACAUGCUGGGAGCACUGGACUUGGCUUAAGUUCAUAUCUUAAGGACAGGGUUGAUGCUCUGAGGGGAGCAGAUGAUGAUAGGAGUCGUGUUGAGAAGAUGCGGAAGUUGGAUGCGAAGAUCAAGGAGCUUCAAGAUGCGGUUCAAACGGCUCAUGAAACGUCAGACGCAUUUUCCGAUGAGACUCUACGAGAGCAGACUGUUUUCCAGUAUGCGAAGGAAGCGGAGAUGAAGGAGAUGCUUGGGAAUCUCGCGGAUGGCCAGAUGGAGUUCUACAAGGCGGCGAUGGACGAGUGGGACAGGAUAAUACCUAUCAUUCAGCGUAUACGUGUGGACGUCUAAUAGUUUAAUACAUUCUGCUAGUGGUGUACUUGUAGUGCAAUGAAGUGACUUUGGAUUUUCGGGUGGUUAUCGCUUCAACUUCACAUGUCUUGACUACAGCAUGCCCGAAUACCUUUAAAUAUGAAUUGUAUAUAUAGAUGCAGGGGUGACUGUCAAGUCGCCUUCUGCUUUCCUUUGGAGUUUUUCUGUUUCUCUAAUUCCAAUUUCUGUUCAGACUCUUGCACUGCUAACGAAAGCUGUACAG